AUGGCCGCUUCCCAACCAUCUUCUACAAGUGAGGCUCAGAGUCCCCAGCCCUCAGGCUACUCUUCUGAUAUAGUGGUGGAAGAAGAUGUUCCAGGGCCAUCAGCCCCAUGGAUGAACCCCAGGCCCUCGCUUCAGCGCUCCAGUGUGAAGAGAAAGAGGGACUGGUCAUCAGAUUCUGAAUCUGAGGAAGAGCCAGAUGAAGAGAUGGUACAGGAGAAGGAAAUGGCUACCAAGCCCGAGUGGUCUGUGGAGAAACUGUGUGGGCUGAAGAUGAGAUUCAAGAGGCGGCGCCGCUCACUCGUGCUCCCUGUGCAUCACGAGGUGUUCGCCAGGCUGCUCGAGGAUCCCGUGGUGAAAAGAUUCCUGGCCUGGGACAAGAAACUGAGGGUGUCUGACAAGUACCUCCUGGCUAUGGUCAUAGCUUAUUUCAGCCGUUGUGGCCUCUUCGCCUGGCAGCUUCGGCGAAUCCAUUUCUUCUUGGCUCUCUAUCUGGCCAAUGACAUGGAGGAGGACAACCAGGCUCCCAAACAAGACAUUUUCUACUUCCUCUAUGGAAAGAGCUAUGCAGAGCGCCCCAUGUUCCACAAAUUGCGCUACCAGUGGAUUCGGACCAUGGGCUGGAAUGUUCGGGUUUCCCGAGAGGAGUGUGAGGAGAUUCAAAGUUACGAUCCAGAUCUCUGGGUGUGGGGGCGAGACCGCAACCACUUGUCCUAG